AUGAGUGGUGGAUUGGCACCAAGCAAAAGCACGGUGUAUGUGUCCAAUUUACCUUUUGCUUUGACAAACAACGAUCUAUACAGGAUAUUUUCAAAAUAUGGGAAAGUUGUCAAAGUUACUAUUAUGAAAGACAAAGACACCAGGAAAAGCAAAGGAGUUGCCUUUAUUUUGUUUUUGGAUAAAGAAUCUGCACAAAACUGUUCUCGGGCACUUAAUAACAAACAGUUGUUUGGAAGAGUAAUAAAAGCAAGUAUUGCCAUUGAUAAUGGAAGAGCAGCAGAAUUCAUUCGUAGGCGUAACUACUUUGAUAAAUCUAAGUGUUACGAAUGUGGGGAAGCAGGACAUUUAAGUUAUGCUUGUCCUAAAAAUAUGCUAGGAGAGCGGGAGCCACCAAAAAAAAAAGAAAAGAAGAAGAGAAAGAAAAUAGUUGAGCCAGAAGAAAUUGAGGAGGAACAAGAAAGUGAAGAGGAAGGAGAAGACCCUGCUCUAGAUAGCCUCAGCCAAGCCAUAGCUUUUCAGCAAGCCAAAAUUGAGGAAGAACAACAGAGAUGGACGCAGACUGCAGGGGAAUCUUCAAUUUCAGAUGAUUCGAAACGUCCACGGAUUAAGAAAAGUGCUUAUUUCAGUGAUGAGGAGGAACUUAGCGAUUGAAAUAAUACUGGUUUAUAUGCAUAUAUAUAGUGUACAUUUUGUAAAGUGUUACAAAGUUGUCUGUAAUACAGGUUUGUCUUGAUGUUGAAGACACUGAAAAUCAUGUUGUAGUUCUAUCCUGCCCCCGAACCUUCCAUCUUUUGAUAUCUUUCUCUCAAAAUUUCACCUUUCAAGGCAGCUUCUUAAGAAAACAAUGUGUUUCUACACUUAAAUCCAGAAAAAUAUCUGGGAGAAUGCUUCUUGCAGUUAAUAUGUAGACUCAAACCCUGGGAGUGAAAGCUUUCAUAAGAGAAUUUCCCAAGAUUAUUUUCCUAAGAAGAGUUCCUCUUAGGAUCACUGUUAGCACCACUGAUGCUUUAUGUAUUGGUCUGUUUAUUGCCUGUUUGGAAGCAGUGCUUUAGUAGUACUUUAGUAGUGUAUGAAUCUUGUACUAGUUCCUCUGCAUAGGGUUGAAUUUCAACCUUAAGUAUUGUACUAGUCUUUUAACUCUUCAUGCAGUAAUAAAAUAAAUUACUGUCACAUCA